GCAGCUCCUCUUCAGCCAGAUGCUGGACCCUGAGUCCCAGAGGAAGAGGACGGUGCAGAAUGUGCUAGACCUUCGGCAGAACCUGGAGGAGACCAUGUCCAGCCUGAGGGGCUCUCAGGUGUCCCACAGCUCCCUGGAGAUGACCUGCUACGACAGUGAUGAAGCAAACCCCCGGAGUGUCUCCAGCCUGUCCAACCGCUCCUCGCCGCUGUCUUGGCGCUACGGGCAGUCGAGCCCACGCCUGCAGGCAGGGGAUGCGCCGUCAGUCGGGGGGACCUGCCGCUCCGAGGGCACCCCCAGCUGGUACAUGCACGGCGAGCGGGCGCACUACUCGCACACCAUGCCCAUGCGCAGCCCCAGCAAGCUGAGCCACAUCUCCCGCCUGGAGCUGGUCGAGGCACUGGACACCGACGACGUGGAGCUGAAGUCAGGCUACAUGAGCGACAGUGAUCUCAUGGGGAAGACGCUGACAGAGGAUGACGACAUCACCACAGGCUGGGAUGAGAGCAGCUCCAUCAGCAGCGGCCUCAGCGAUGCCUCUGACAACCUCAGCUCGGAGGAGUUCAAUGCCAGCUCCUCGCUCAACUCCCUGCCCUCCACCCCCACCGCCUCACGCAGGAACUCUGCCAUAGCGCUGCGCACAGACUCGGAGAAGCGCUCGCUGGCAGAGAGCGGGCUGAGCUGGUACGGUGAGGGUGAGGACAAGGCGCCCAAGAAGCUGGACUACGACAGCAGCAGCCUCAAGAUGGAGCACGGCUCCUCCAAGUGGCGGCGGGAGCCUUCGGAGGGCGGCGAGGAGGGGUCCAAGGGCAGCGAGCUGAAGAAGCCCGUCAGCCUGGGCACACCGGGCUCCCUCAAGAAGGGCAAGACCCCUCCGGUGGCUGUGACCUCCCCGAUCACCCACACGGCCCAGAGCACCCUCAAAGUGGCGGGCAAGCCCGAGACCAAAGCCACUGACAAGAGCAAGCUGUCUGUGAAGAGCACAGGCUUGCAGCGCUCCUCCUCUGAUGCCGGCCGUGACCGCAUCACCGAUGCCAAGAAGCCACCCUCAGGCCUCACACGCCCCUCAGCAUCCAGCUCCUUUGGCUAUAAGAAACCGGCUCCCACCACUGGCACAGCCACCGUUAUGCAAGCUGGGGGCUCAGCCACACUUGGCAAGAUUCAGAAGAGCUCCGGCAUCCCCGUCAAGCCAGUCAGCGGGAGGAAAACAAGCCUGGACGUCUCCAAUGCAGCCGAGCCUGGCUUCCUGGCCCCAGGGGCUCGUUCCAACAUCCAGUACCGCAGCCUGCCCCGGCCAGCCAAGUCCAGCUCCAUGAGUGUGACUGGUGGCCGCGGUGCAAACCGGCCGGUCAGCAGCAGCAUCGAUCCCAGCCUGCUGAGCACCAAGCAGGGCAGCAUCUCGGUGUCACGGCUCAAGGAGCCGUCCAAGAUUGGCGCUGGCCGUGGCACGCCGGCCCCUGUGAACCAGACGGACCGUGAGAAGGAGAAGGCCAAGGCCAAGGCAGUGGCGCUUGACUCUGAGUGUGGGGCGCUGAAGAGCGUCAGCUCACCUGAGAGCACCCCAAAAGCCCAGGCCAACCUCCCAUCGGCAGCCAAGGUGGCUGAGCUGCCCCCCACGCCUCUCAGGGCGGCUGCCAAGACUUACGUGAAGCCUCCCUCGCUGGCCAACUUGGACAAGGUCAACUCCAACAGCCUGGACUUGCCCUCCUCCAGUGAGCUGCACCCCCCACACACUGCCAAGCUCCAGGACCUGCACCCAGCCGGUGGGCACCUCGCGCCCUGCUUCAGCCCCAGUCCUGCCCCCAUCCUCAACAUCAACUCGGCCAGCUUCUCCCAGGGCCUGGAGCUCAUGGGUGGCUUCAGCGUCCCCAAGGAGGGCAGGAUGUACCCCAAGCUCUCAGGCCUGCACCGCAGCAUGGAGUCCCUGCAGAUGCCCAUGAGCCUGCCCAGUGCCUUUUCAGGGGGCAGCACCACCACCCCCACCCCUGCUGCUGCGCCCCCCGCCAGCACAGAAGAGGAGGAAGAGGCAGGGGAGCUGGGCUGGAGCGGGAGCCCCCGGCUAGCACAUCUGGACAGUGCCAACCGUGACAGGAACACACUGCCUAAGAAAGGGUUGAGGUACCAGCUCCACUCCCAGGAGGACGCCAAGGAGCGGCGCCAUUCGCAUGCCGUCAGCAGCGGGCUCCCUGAGUCAGAUGAUCAGCAGGAGCUGCCCUCACCCCCUGCCCUCCCCAUGGCGCUGGUCGGGAAGGGUCCGCUCACCAGCAUCGUGAGCCCCACUGCCGCUGCAGCCCCACGGAUCACCCGCUCCAACAGCAUCCCCACCCAUGACUCUACCUUCGAGCUGUACAGCACGUCCCAGAUGGGCAGCACCCUUUCCCUGGCCGACAAGCCCAAGGGCAUGAUCCGCUCGGGCUCAUUCCGGGACCCUGUGGAUGACGUUCAUGGAUCAGUGCUGUCCCUGGCCUCAAGCGCAUCCUCCACCUACUCCUCCCAAAUCCGCAAGCUGCGCCGUGAGCUGGAGUCCUCGCAGGAGAAGGUGGCCACCCUGACGUCCCAGCUAUCUGCUAACGCCAACCUGGUGGCAGCUUUUGAGCAGAGCCUGGUGAGCAUGACGUCCCGCCUGCGGCACUUGGCCGAGACUGCUGAGGAGAAGGACACGGAGCUGCUGGACCUGCGAGAGACCAUCGACUUCCUGAAGAAGAAGAAUUCGGAGGCUCAAGCUGUGAUCCAGGGCGCCCUGAAUGGCACUGACGUCACCCCCAAAGAGCUGCGCAUCAAGCGGCAGAACUCUUCUGACAGCAUCUCCAGCCUCAACAGCAUCACCAGCCAUUCCAGCAUCGGCAGCAGCAAGGAUGCCGACGCCAAGAAGAAGAAGAAGAAGAGCUGGCUACGCAGCUCCUUCAACAAGGCCUUCAGCAUCAAGAAGGGACCCAAAUCAGCCUCCUCCUACUCAGACAUUGAGGAGAUCGCCACGCCGGACUCGUCGGCCCCCUCCUCCCCCAAGCUGCAGCAUGGCUCCACAGAGACUGCCUCGCCCUCCAUCAAAUCCUCCACAUCCUCCUCUGUGGGCAUUGACACGGCUGAGUACGUGGGGCCAGGGCGGGCGGCAUGGCAUGGGGAGGGCUGGUCGUGGGGGCUGCAGGCUCCUGCCCUGGACACGUGCAAGACUCGGUCUCUCCCUUGGCCUAGGCUCUUCCCGGCCCACGGCGAGGGUGAGCCGGAGAAGAAGGAGGUGUCGGAGCUGCGGUCAGAGCUGUGGGAGAAGGAGAUGAAGCUUACGGACAUCCGCCUGGAGGCUCUCAACUCGGCCCACCAGCUGGAGCAGCUGCGGGAGACCAUGCACAACAUGCAGCUGGAGGUGGAUCUCCUGAAGGCUGAGAACGACCGUCUCAAAGUGGCUCCAGGACCCUCGGCAGUGCCAGGCUCUGUUCCCGGCCACGUCACGAGCACAUCAGCCUCCUCUUCACCGCGGCGCUCCCUGGGUCUCACCCUUGGCCAUGCCUUCAGCCCCAGCCUGGGGGAUGCAGACGUGUCACCCAUGGACGCCGUCAGUGCGGGCACCCAGAAGGACGAGCUGACAUUGCGGAUUGUGGUGCGCAUGCCACCCCAGCACAUCAUCAAGGGGGACCUCAAGCAGCAGGAGUUCUUCCUGGGCUGGACCAAAGUGAGCGGGAAGGUGGACUGGAAGAUGCUGGAUGAGGCUGUCUGCCAGGUCUUCAAGGAUUACAUCACCAAGAUGGAUCCUGCUUCCACACUGGGGCUCAGCACCGAGUCCGUCUACGGCUACAGCAUAAGCCACAUCAAGCGGGUCCUGGACACGGAGCCACCAGAGCUGCCGCUGUGCCGCCGGGGCCUGACCAGCAUCGUUGUGACGCUCAAAGGUUUGAAGGAGAAGUGCGUGGACAGCCUAGUGUUCGAGACGCUCAUCCCCAAGCCCAUGAUGCAGCAUUACAUCAGCCUCCUGCUGAAGCACCGGCGGCUCAUCCUCUCGGGACCCAGCGGCACCGGCAAGACCUACCUGACCAACCGCCUGGCUGAGUACCUGGUGGAGCGCUCGGGCCGGGACGUCACCGAGGGCAUCGUUAGCACCUUCAACAUGCACCAGCAGUCCUGCAAGGACCUGCAGCUGUACCUCUCCAACCUGGCCAACCAGAUCGACCGGGAGACAGGCACGGCGGACGUGCCACUAGUGAUCCUCCUGGACGACCUCAGUGAGGCGGGCUCCAUCAGCGAGCUCGUCAAUGGCGCGCUCACCUGCAAGUACCACAAAUGCCCCUACAUCAUUGGGACCACCAACCAGCCCGUGAAGAUGACCCCAAACCAUGGUCUCCAUCUCAGCUUCAGGAUGCUAACUUUCUCGAACAACGUGGAGCCGGCCAACGGCUUUCUGGUGCGCUACUUGCGGCGGAAGCUGCUGGAGUCGGACACGGAUGUCAAUGCCAACAAGGAGGAGCUGCUGCGUGUGCUGGACUGGGUGCCCAAGCUCUGGUACCACUUGCACACCUUCCUGGAGAAACACAGCACCUCUGACUUCCUCAUCGGUCCCUGCUUCUUCCUAUCCUGCCCCAUUGGAAUUGAGGAUUUCCGGACCUGGUUCAUCGACCUGUGGAACAACUCCAUCAUCCCUUACCUGCAGGAGGGGGCAAAAGAUGGGCUCAAGGUCCACGGGCAGAAGGCAGCCUGGGAGGACCCUGUGGAGUGGGUGCGGGACACCCUGCCCUGGCCAUCAGCGCAGCAGGACCAGUCCAAGCUGUACCACCUGCCCCCACCCACCAUCGGGCCCCACAGCACCGUUUCCCCUCCCGAGGAGCGCACUGUCAAAGACACAACGCCCAGCUCCCUGGACUCGGACCCUCUGAUGGCCAUGCUGCUGAAGCUCCAGGAAGCCGCCAACUACAUCGAGUCUCCAGACCGCGAGACCAUGGUGGAUCCUGACCUGCAGUCGACUCUGUGAGGCCUGGACAUGCCGGCCCAGGCAAAGGGGAGCCGCUAUCAGCCACCGCUCCUGCCGGGCUGCUCUCCUUUUCCUUUGGUAUCCUGGAGCGCAGGGCUGCUGAGCGAGCGGAGAGGACCGGGGCUCCAGCGUGUCCCGGCGGAGUGUGGGGAAGCUCGGCUCAUCCGUGGGAGAGCGCGAGGUGCUGUCUCCCCUCCUGACUCUGGGGGUAGGAGAAUCCUGGUUUCUCUUCUUGUUUUUUUUUUUUCCUGUCUCUAUUGCAAACUCUUGGGCUUUGGGGCCAGGGCGACCGAUGUGGCUGAGCCCUCGCUCCCGGGAGCUGCAGGAAGGCCCCUGCGUGGGGCAGGGACCCCGCGGGAGCCACCUGGGCUGAAGCUGGGGGGUGCAGGAGGAGUGUGUGGCCGCUGGAUGAGAGCAUGGGC